GCCGAGCUGCUCGUAGCGUGCCCCAGCGCCGUCGGCGGCGAUGACAACAUGGGCCUCGACGAUGGCGCCGUCGAGCAGCGAGCCGCCCUGCUGGUCGGGCACGCGAUCGAGAAGCUCCGCGCCAUCAUCGCGGCGAAUGUCACCGGCGCGCCAGGGCUUCAGGUGCUCAGGCAAGCUUGCGAGUGGAAUGACUGCGACUUGGCUGCAGUCCAGGAGCGCAAAGUGCCCUGGCGGCAGCGCGACGGGCAGGGGCAGGCUCUGCGCAGAGCAUGUUGGAAGGUAGCCUUCAAUCCAGCAGUCCGCGCAGGCGCCUCGACUGCAGCGGAAAACAGUCUGGCUGGCCUGUCAGGCGGCACUAUGGUUGCCGUUCCAGUCAGGCAUGGCCUCAGCGAAGUUGAGAGCAUUCAGAGUUGUGCCAGCCCAGCAAGGGCUUCCAUAUUACAUCUCGGCCAUGGGCCCAAAGGAGGAAUGUUGGUGGGCACCAUGUACCUGUGCGACUCCGAGGGCCUCAGCGAGCGCAACUGGCAGAUCCUUUGCUCCAUGGGUCGGGCGACCAAGCGUGCAGGCACGCCUUUCCUCAUCAGCAAUGAUUGCAGGCCGUCCAAGAGGGUCAUUAACUAUUUCGUUAUGUCUCCGUUUCUAGCUGCAGGCGCCAAGGCCGACGCGUUGGAUCGCAUUGCCAUCGGCCCACGCCGAGCCGCGCGCGUCAGGUUGCAGCCGCUGAAGAUGAAUGGAUACAUGCUCUCGGUGUUGGUCCAGGCCAGGCCGCUAGACUUCGAGGGC